GGCGCUGGCUGGAUUCUGGAACAAGUACAGUAUCGGGGAGCGAGUCAGGGCUGGAGUUACACAAGGCAAGGUGACAGCAGCAGGGCACUAGCUCACUACUCCAACAGCUGAGGACGUCUCUGCAGCGCGGAUAUACAUACUCAUGGCUCUGAAAGUCUGCAUCGUUGGAUCUGGCAACUGGGGAUCCGCCAUUGCAAAGAUUGUGGGGGAUAAUGCAGCCAAGCUUCCUCAGUUUGAUAAUGUGGUGAACAUGUGGGUUUUUGAGGAAUUAAUAUCAGGAAAGAAACUAACUGAGAUAAUCAACACUGAUCAUGAGAAUGUGAAAUAUCUCCCUGGCCACAAACUUCCAGCCAAUGUGGUGGCUGUGCCGGAAUUGACCGAAGCAGCGGCGGGGGCUGAUAUUCUGAUCUUUGUGGUCCCUCAUCAGUUCAUUGGUAAACUAUGCGAGCAGCUGAAGUCUAAAGUGAAGAAAGGUGCAUUCGGCAUGUCUCUCAUAAAGGGUGUAGAUGAGGGUCCUGAAGGUCUGCGUCUCAUAUCGGACAUCAUACAUGAAAGGUUGGGCAUUGAUAUGAGUGUGCUGAUGGGCGCCAACAUUGCCAAUGAGGUUGCUGACGGGAAGUUUUGUGAGACAACAAUUGGCUGUAAAAAUAAGGAGCAAGGCAAGAUCCUGAAGGAGUUGUUUCAGACCUCAAACUUCAGAAUCACUGUGGUAGAAGAUGCGGACACAGUGGAAAUAUGUGGAGCUCUGAAGAACAUUGUCGCUGUGGGAGCCGGCUUCUGUGACGGGCUUGGAUUUGGAGAUAACACUAAAGCCGCUGUCAUCCGCCUGGGGCUGAUGGAGAUGAUCGCCUUUGCCAAGCUGUUUUGUGCUGGACCCGUUACGUCUGCCACGUUCCUGGAGAGCUGCGGUGUGGCUGAUCUCAUCACCACAUGUUAUGGUGGCAGGAAUAGGAAAGUGGCAGAGGCGUUUGCCCGCACUGGGAAGUCUAUAGAACAGCUUGAGAAAGAAAUGCUGAAUGGACAAAAACUUCAGGGACCACAAACCUCAGCCGAGCUCAAUCACAUCCUCAAGAGCAAAGGCAUGGUGGGCAAGUUCCCACUCUUCUCUGCUGUGUAUCAGAUUUGCUACGAGGGAAAACCUGUGACAGAAUUUAUUACAUGCCUCCAGAACCACCCGGAGCACAUGUAAUCUGGCGCCGUGAACUCUGACCUUCAACUUAGUCAUACUCUCCAACAUUUUACACCUAAAAAUCGGUACAAAUUUGGAAAAGCGGCGUGUCCACCGGUAAAGGGGGCGUGGCCACGCCCCUUUUCCUAUACUUUCAAUGGAAAAAUGGAGAGUCAAAAAUAGGUACAGACCAUAGAAAAAAGGUACUGUACCUGCCAAAAAGGUACAGUUGGUGGGUGUGCUUAGUCACCUCCUGGGCCUUUCAUUAAAGAAGUAAUGUUGUUAAAAGUAUGUUUUCAUACGUGUGCCAAUGUGUGUACAUAUACACUGUAUGUAGACAUAUGUGGAAAAGAAAAACAUCCUUGAUGACUGUAAUGAUCUCAUUGCCUGCAGUUCCAGUGAUUAGUUAUAUUUGGUGUCAUACCCAGAAGCCUUUGCUGAUGCAGCCUAAGGAAGGUAUUGCUGGAUAGCACUGUUAUAACCUAUAAAUAUGUUUAUUUUUAGACUUUUAAAGUAUGUUCCUAAUGGGAAAUUGUAUCAUGUUUUUAUGGAAACAAAUGAAAAUAUAUCAUCGGCACUAGUACAAGGGUUAUUCUGGUUAUAUGAAUGUUAGUUUUCAGUGGCACCCAGCCUGCCUAAAUGCAUAAUCUGCAUCAGUAGAAUUGCUUAACCCAUAGGCAGAUGCAACAAAAUGAGGCAGAAUCUUUUAUUGUCCUUUUGUCGGAAUUACUAAUCAGUUUAUUUUUAUUGCGUCAACUUAGUCCACCUGUUUAAAGGCAACAAUGCGAUGUUGAAUAUAGCCGUAAAUAAGUGCCUGGAGCUAUUCCAUUGUCCGCAUCACAUCCGGCACUUAAGUGUGGAGAUGCAGUUGACCGCGCCUAAUGUCUGACAUUUAGCAUGGUAAAUGGCUUUUUCUGUCUUAAUUGCUUGGUGUGGAAGGAUGUAAAGCCCGAAUCGUACAGUCUUAAGCCCAGUACCCACGGGCCGAUUAAGGAGAGAUGUGUGCUGAGCGAACCACUCAGCACACAUCUCUCCUGCCGCUCAGCACAGCGCGAUCUGUGCUGAGCGUGCGGGGGGAGACGGGGGGGGGGCGCUUACUUCACCCAGCGGGUGAAGUGAGCGACCCGCUAGAUUGGCCUGCAUGCAGGCCAAUCUAGCAGCAGUGAUAGCGAUGUGCGGGGCCGCGCAUAGCUAUCGCUGAGGGGGCUACACACGGAGCGAUCAUGCUGAUAUUCUAAGCAAUCUAGUCAGAUUGCUUAGAAUAUCGCUCAGUGAGUACCCCCCUUUACAGUGCAGCUGAUUGAAUAGCUCCAGGCACUCAUCAGGUGCUAUUCAACCACACUGAAUUGAAUUGCCCACUUUGUGACUAGAUUACAUUUUGUACUUUCUGGUUAUGUAUUCAACAUUUGCCCAUUUUUUUCAUGGAACUUUGUGACCUAUAUCGUCUAUAUCAUGACUUCAUCGUUUUAACUUCCAAAAUAGUCCUUGGUAUGUAACCUGUGUAUAAGAAAAAGCUAACUGGAUUAAAAUGCACACUUGUAAAUAAAAA